AUGGCGUACAUCUUGUCUGUCAAUGCAGAUAUCCUUUCAUCGACAGGUGGCCCGUGCAAAUGCACGACAGAUACAUGCAACAACGAUCCUGAAUACCAAGCGUGCAAGAACGAUGUGCGACGCGCGUACAUUGUCUCGACAGCCGCAGCUGCAUGUCUGUCCUCUGGGCUUAUGGGAAUUGUUGCGAAUAUGCCGCUGGGUCUUGCGCCUGGCCUUGGUGUGAAUGCAUAUUUUGCAAAUACCAUCGUUGGACACGACGGUAAUGGUAUUGUGUCCUACAGCAAAGCACUCGCAGUCGUCUGGCUGGAGGGGUGGAUUUUUUUUGUGCUGUCUCUUUUCGGAGUACGCCAAUGGCUAGCGCGUGUGCUACCGAAUUCGCUCAAGUACAGCACGGGUGCAGGCAUUGGGCUCUAUUUGGCGUUUAUCGGCAUGGGCCCGAGUGGCCUCGGCAUCGUCGGGCUUGACCUGAACGACAUUGUGGGACUGGGCGGGUGCCCCGUCGAGUACCAGGACCGCUCGCAAGACGGCGACUUGUCCCUCCAUUGCCUCUCCCACGUCCUGCAGAAUCCCAGGGUAUGGGUGGGCGUUUUUCUUGGGGGUGUGCUCAUGGCCAUGCUCCUUUUGUAUCGCGUGCGUGGUGCAAUGAUUAUCGGUAUUCUUCUUGUCUCUGCAUCUUCAUGGCCCCGCGGCACCAAUGCCGUGACGCAGUUCCCUCCCACGCCCGAUGGCGACGACAACUGGCAUUUUUUCAAAAAAGUGGCCAUGUGGCGGAGCAUCCAUCCGCUCGGCCCGCAAAACAUUGACUGGCAAGGGUAUAAUACUGGGCAUGCGUGGCUUGCGCUCAUUUCCUUUUUGUAUAUUGAUCUACUGGACACGACAGGCACAUUGUAUGCCAUGGCGAUGCAGGCGGGCCUUGUCGACGCGCGCACGGGCGACUUUGAGGGCAGUUCGACCGCGUACAUGUGUGAUGCGCUUGCUAUUUCGUGCGGCAGUCUGUUGGGCUGCUCGCCGUGCACCGCCUUUGUCGAGAGUGCGUCUGGGAUUGCGGAAGGUGGGCGCACGGGCCUCACGGGCCUCACGGUCAGCUUUUUCUUUUUUUGGAGUCUAUUUUUCGCGCCCAUUUUUUCGUCCUUCCCACCGUGGGCCACGGGCUCUGUGCUUGUGUUAGUUGGUUCGAUGAUGAUGUCGAGUUCAAGGGAUGUGAAUUGGUCCUACAUGGGCGAUGCCAUCCCCGCAUUUUUGACCAUCAUGGGCAUUCCAUUCAUGUACAGCAUUGCGUAUGGGCUCAUUGCAGGCAUCAUUUCCUACAUGAUCCUGAAUAUUGUGCCCUGGAUCAUUAUCAAGUUGACCAAAGGACGUGUGUACCCUCCCGGUUGGUACACGGAUCGUGACCCGUGGGGUUCUACACCCCAGCGCUUGGUAAGCAAAGACCUCGAGACGAAAAAGCUUUCGCGUUUCCAGCAAUGGGCGGUCGAAUCCAGCGUUUUACCGCCGUGGAUGAAAAAGCUGAGCACGGGCAACGUGCGCUUUUGGGAGCUGACGCGCGAAGAAACCGAAGACUACCUCGAAGGGCGCCGUGCGACGGAACGGCGUGUGAGGGAGCGCGAGGAGGAGCACCGUCGCCAGCGUGAAGAUGUCCACCGUUUGCGCAAGCCCGACCGCGACAUUCCCCUUGUGUUUGACGGCCCCGAGGCCGAAAAGAUAUCCGUUCGCAACCUGUAG